AUGCCCACCUACACCUACACCCACCUCCCCCUCCUCUUCCUCCUCUUCUCCCUCCACCCAACCCUCAUCUCUGCCGCAGGCACCAUCACCCUCUCCUCCCCCUCCGAAUGCAUCGUCCUCGCUCAGAUCGACCCUUCCUCCAACACCUACACCGCCGGCCGCCCCAUCUGUCCCGGUGCCGGUGCAUCAGCCAUCCAAUGGCCCCUCUCCGGCAGUGGCGCCGGGCAGGCAUCGUCCAUGGCCAUCUACGCCAACUUUAACGGCGGGGCACCCGGGUGCGCGAUGGGCAUCAGUCCCGCCCAGGCGGGGUAUCUCGAGGGGCGGACGCUCGAGUGGAAGGGCGCCGAAGACCAGAUGUGGGAUGCGACGUCAGCGGGGUUGUUGUUGAAUACGGAUACGUGGGCGCCGAUGGGCUGUGGCGGAAACGCAUUCCUUCCAUCCGGUCUGACCUUCCCGGAUCCCAAGACCGCACCCGACGACGCCGCAUGGUCCGCCUCCUUCAAGCUCGAAGCGAAUGCGGGACCCAGGCCUGAGACCAAGCCGAACCCAGAACCAGCGCCCGAUCCUGUACCCGCGCCUGCACCCGCACCAUCGCCAUCUCCGCCCGCUCCCCCACCACCCGUAGCUGUCGAGAUCAGCUCCAGCUCCAGCAGCGUCAGUACGAGCAGCACUCCCCCGCUCGUCGCUGUUGAAAAGACCACUACGGAGAUCAAGACGGUGAUUCAGACGGUCAUAAGCAGCGCCAGUAGCUCCAGUAGCAGUGGCGGUGCCCCGCCACUCGUCGCCGUCGAGACGCCCGCCGUGAAUACAAGUUCUAGUUCCAGCUCGAGCGCCACAGCAAGCAAAACCCUAGUCCUCGUCGAGGUCCCCUCCUCCUCGUCUUCCCCGUCCGCGUCAGCCUCCAAGUCGCCCCCGGCGGUCUUUGUAGAGUCCCCAACACCGACUCCAUCGCCAGCCGCACCGUCCUCCAGCUCUUCCGCUCGGGCAUCCCCCUCGUCCAGCCUCGUCUUGAUCGAAGUCCCGGCUUCAUCCUCCGCCUCCGCCUCAUCGGUAUCGGCGUCCUCGAGCUCCUCCGCCGGCGUCGUCUUUGUGGAACCUGCGCCGAGCUCCUCUUCGUCGUCGUCGUCCGUGUCCACUACCGGCAAGACCAUCAUUCUUGUCCCUGGCAGUGCUAGCAGUAGCGCCAGCAGCAGCGGCAAAACGCUCGUCCUCGUCGAACCUACCCCCUCUCCCUCAUCCUCCGCUAAAACCAUCGUGGUCAUCCCCAGCCCAGCUGUCUUCUCACGCUCGUCUGCCUCUGCGUCAGUUUCGGCAUCUUCGGCAUCCACCUCGCCCAAAACUAUUGUCGUCAUCCCCGUCUCUUCUAGCAGCGCCAGUGCCAGCCCAAAGACGCCGGUCCUGGUCGAGCCUACGCCGAGCUCCAGCUCCAGCUCCACCAGGACCCGAUCACGGUCCCGACCCGCACCGUCCUCGGCGUCCUCGCUCGUACUCGUCGAAGCCCCAGCUCCAUCUUCAUCUUCGUCUUCUUCUUCGUCUGGGGACAUCGUUAUCACCGCGUCCGCCGGCUUCCCUCCCCCCGCAUCGAUCGUCCCCAGCUCCUCAGUGUCGUUGUCCACAACUAGGCGUGUACGACCCAAACCCUCCCCUUCUCCCUCACCAUCCCCAUCCCCCACACCGUCCUCUCAACCUGUAGCACCAGCCCGACCACCCACCGUCUUCUCUUCAUCCUCAUCCUCAUCAUCCACAACCGUCCUCGCUCGGCCCUCGAUGGCCCCGGUCCCGGUCCCCGUUUCAUCCUCAUCCUCUUCCUCGUCAUCCGCACAGCCGCCCCGCUCAUCCUCGGCGACCCCAAACCCAACCAAGUUCCCGAUCUUCAGCAUCACAUUCCCGCUCUUCCAGCCCCCCUCUAGCUCUUCUCCUCCCCCGGGCCAGCUCCUCGGUGCGGGUAUCGGGUCAAGCGCGAGUCCGACGCCUGCGCCAUUCUCCAUGCAGUCGCAGUUGUCAUUACCGUUUACGCCUCAGACGGUCAAGAAGGCGGCGGCGGCGGAUAUGGGUGGGGCGAUGGGGAUGGGGCUGGGGAUGGAGAGGGCGAAUAUGGUUGUGCCAGAGUCGGAGCCGGAGCCGGAGCCUGCUGGUGGUGGUGAGGGUAUCGCAGGCGAUGGUGACGCUGUUGGGCGGCCGGGACCUGCUCCGCGGCCGGAUCCUCCAGCUGGACCGGCGGGGCCACCGGCUGCUCCAGGACCCGAAUCAGAAGGUCAAGGAACGGAGCAAGGGAUCCAGGAGGGCGAAUGGGACGGGAUCCCAGAGAGCCAGGGCGCGCCUGUCAAGCCAAAGCCAGAGCCGAUUGGGCACCUCGGGUCAAGCCUGAACGUCCUUCAGGGGAAUACAAACGACUCUACGGAGUCCACAGGCACGACUGAUCCCCUGGACGUCCCCGAGGUGGAGGUGGAGAAUGGGGAGAAGAAGUGGGCGCUGGAUAUACGGAGUAUUGUAGGGGACGCGAUGGCAUACUUGGCGCACACGGGCAAGGGCGGGGACGGGUCGGGUACGGGUGCAGAAGGGGGAGACGCGGCAGGUAGGGUUGUGAGCAAGAGGUCGGGAGCCGGAUCGGCGAGGUCGUGGGGAUCUCGGUGGGAUCGGAUGACCGAGGGGGCUCAGGGCGUGACGGCUCAGGGGGUGUAG